UCCUUUCACCAAAAAAAAAAAUCUAAUCUCAAAUGAUCACUAACAUUUUUCAAAAUAUUUAUCAUAUAUACAAAUGUUCAUAUAACAUUGGCAAAACGGGAACAUUUGAGACUUUGCAUAACGUCUAAGGAACUUUUUGGGUUGGUUUCCGAGCUAAAAUAUAAAACCUUUUAUAGAAUCACUAAAGAUCUAGAGUCAACGAUCCAUAAUAAUAUAAGAAGAUGAAAGAUUCAAGGUCAUAACUUCAUAUACCCCCAAUUAAAAUAUACUACAUAACAAUGUUCUGAAGCAACAUUUAAUUGUCCGGGGACUACGCCAAACUUGUCUCCUCCUAUACAAACUCUUCUUCUCCUUCCACGUUUUAGUUUAUUUCUCUCUCACAAACUCUCUCCACAUACAAUGCUUCCAACAAAUCCUCCGGCCACUGGGGUUGGACUCGGUUACGGCAUCGCCAUCGCCGUGAGCAUCCUCAUCCUCAUCUCCACUAUAAUGCUCGCUUCAUACAUCUGCAUAAGGUCAAAAUCUGCUCCAAGAGACGGAGCCACGAGCGAGGGAGUUCUUGACUCGCCGGCGGCUGAGGUGAAGCUCGGACUGGACCGGCCUGUUAUAGAGUCAUAUCCAAGGAUAGUGCUUGGUGAGAGCAGAAGAUUACCGAGGCCCAAUAACGGUCCAUGUUCGAUAUGCCUAUGUGAUUACGAAGCUAGAGAUCCGGUUCGGUGUAUACCGGAAUGUAAUCACUGCUUUCAUGCUGAUUGUGUUGAUGAGUGGCUCCGGACAAGUGCCACGUGCCCUCUUUGUAGAAACUCACCGGCUCCUUCUAGGCUUGCCACACCAUUGUCUGAUUUGGUCCCAGUCGCCUUUCAAAUCAGGUGAAGGUUAAAUACCUCUUUGUUUCAAUCAUAACAUUCCUUCAAGGCUCCAAUUAUCUUACUCUUUUUUGUGCUUAGAGAUUAGAACUAGUGAGUAUUGUUAUGGUUCAAAUUUGUUAUAUUCCGAGAAAUACUCAAUAAGAACAUUCGUAUUGAUGAAGUGCAAGUUAGAGUUCUUGCUAUUA